AUGGCAGCUCUACGAUUCUGUGGUGAUUGUAAUAAUCUACUCUACCCUCGUUCAGAUAAUAACGCACAUGUAUUACUUUACAUGUGUAGGAACUGUCAAUAUACCGAGAAUGCCAUACCGGAACCGGGUUUCGCUCCUUGUGUAUAUAAAAAUGAUCUGUUGACAGUUGCCAGAGAACAAGCUGGUGAAAUUCGAGAUUUGGAUAAUGAUCCAACUUUACAAAGAUCAAAUAUACAAUGUCCUCAUUGUCAAAAAAAUGGUGCCGUCUUCUACCAAGAUCAAGCUUUACGCGUGACGACCAAUAUGACUUUAUUCUACGUUUGUGUUCAUUGCAAACAUUUAUUCAGGGAUCCAAAUGUGAAAGUGCGAUAA